AUGGCCGCGCAAAAUGACCCCACGCAGAGGGUUGCCAUAGGAUUGUCCUUUGGCAACUCUUACAGCUCGAUCGCUUACACCUCUCCUGAAGGAAAAGUCGAAGUUAUCGCCAACGAGGACGGAGACCGACAGAUCCCCACAGCCCUGUCAUACGUAGAGGGAGAGGAGCUUCACGGUGGACAGGCGAAGAGCCAACUCGUCCGCAAUGCUAAGAACACUGUCGCCUAUUUCCGCGACUUCUUGGGCCAAGAUGCUGACUCUCGCAGUUUCAAAUCGAUUGACCCUUCACCCGCCCACCAGUCGGCACACCCCUUAGAAAACGGCGACAGCGUUGCCUUCAGCGUCCGCGACACCGAGGAAGAGAAGGAGAACACGAUUACCGUAGGAGAGGUCACAACGCGCCACCUAAGGCGGUUACGCCAAUCCUCGUCCGACUACCUGGGCAAGGACGUCAACGCCGCCGUCAUCACAGUCCCCACCAACUUCUCCGAUGCUCAAAAAGAAGCCCUAAAGGCCGCGGCCAAGGAUGCUGGACUCGAGGUCUUGCAAUUCAUCCACGAGCCAACUGCUGCCCUACUGGCAUACGACGCCCGCCCCGGCGCCCAGGUUUCAGACAAGACCAUUGUUGUCGCUGACCUCGGUGGUACCCGCUCAGACAUUGCUGUCAUUGCCGCUCGUGGUGGCAUCUACACCAUUCUGGCCACUACGCACGACUACGAUGUCAGUGGCUUCAAGCUGGACCAGGUUCUGAUCGAGUACUUCGCCAAGGAGUUCAUCAAGAAGCACAAGUCUGCUGGCGACCCUCGGGAAAACGACCGUUCAAUGGCUAAGCUUAAGCUGGAGUGCGAGGCUGUCAAGAAGGCGCUCUCAAUAGGAACCACCGCCAACUUCUCGGUGGAGAGCUUGGUCGGUGGUGUUGACUUCACCGCAACCAUCAACCGCACACGUUACGACCUUCUCGGCAACAAGCUCUUUGCUGCAUUCACCCGCCUGGUUACUCAAGCAGUGGAGAAGGCCGGACUUGAUCCCCUGGACGUUACCGAAAUCAUCCUUGCCGGUGGAAACUCCCACACACCAAAGGUCGCUGCUGCGGUAGGCUCAGCUUUCCCCGAAACCACCACCGUCAUGGCGCCUUCUACCUCGUCAACUGCAAUCAACCCCUCUGAGCUUGCCGUGCGCGGUGCCGCUAUCCAGGCCAGCCUGAUCCAGGAGUUCGAGCUCGAGGACAUUGAGCAGAGCACACACCCCAUGGUCACUGUCACCCCUCAUCUGACCACCGCCGUCGGUGUUCUGUGCAUAUCCGGCGACGAGUCCAACGGUGUUUUCCACUCCAUCGUCGACGCAGAGACCCAACUCCCCGUCCGACGGACCGCCAUCGUCGCCACCCCCAAGGCUGGCGGCGACGUCCUGAUCAAGCUCGCCGAAGGCUCGCGACACAUCAAGGUCACCAAGCCCGAGCCCAAGCCUAAGAAGGAGAGCAACGACUCGGACGAUGAGGAUGACAGCGAAGACGACGAGAGCGAUGAGGAGGAGGAACUCCGGGAAAAGACGUGGAAGGUUGGCAAUGUGCUUAGCGAGGCGGCUAUUCGUGGCGUCAAGAAGGGCGGCAAGGUCGAGAUCCAGCUCAACAUUGGCGCUGACUUGAGCAUAAACGCUACGUAUCGGGAGGUUGGUGGAAAGGGCGGUGUCCGUGGUAUUAUCCAGGGCGCAAAGGCGAACGGUACUUAG